GAGGGCCACAGCGAGGCGCCCUGCGCGCCCUGCCGCGCUGGCGGGGCAGCGCACUGUCGCCGUUGGGGCUGGAUGCGCGGCCACGGCGGAGGCGGUCGGUGCGGCUGUGCCGGGGCGCGCCGCGGGGGCGACCCCGAGGCCGCAGGCGGAGCUGAACCGGCGCCUGCGCCGGGGCACCUCCGCGGAGUUCAUGGAGCUGGCCCGCGCGGAGGCCGAUGGCAUGGACCAGACAAAUCUGGUCGUGUGCCUCGGUCGCAUCGUGAGGGAACUGGAGAGGCCGCCCACUGGGUCGCCACGCGCCAGCGCCGUCGCAGCUGCAGCGGGUGCAGGGGACUUGGCGCUGCUGUUGCUGGGGCGCUGCCAGGUUGCCUCCCUGAGAUCCACACACACGCUGUCCAAUCUAGCGUGGGCGAUCGCCAAGCUGGAGGAGCUCGGUAUCCAGCCGCCCCGCGGUCUUGCUCGGUCGGUGGCGCUGCGGUGUCAGGAGGUGGGCUUCGCGGCUUUCCCGCCAAGGGACGCGCCGGUAUUGGUGUGGGCGUUGGCAUGCCUUCACCGGAAGGGUGGCCAGCUGCUCUCUGUUCGGGAGCGCGUAGGCCUCUUCAAGGCGCUGGCCGCUGGCGUGGUGCUGCGCCUGCCGGAGGUCGCGCCCCAGGGCCUCGCCAUGCUGCUGUGGGCGCUGGCCGCGCUGGACCGGCCGCCCGCCACUCCCGACGGCGCCGGCGACCCCGCCGUGGCGCCAGUGCCGCGUUCGCUGUUCCGGGCCGUUGCGGACGAGGCCGGGCGCCGCGUGGAGGGGCUCGGUGCGCGGGAGGUGGCGAACAUCGCGUGGGCGUUCGCGACCGUGCAGGUGGCCAUGCCCGAUUGGCUCACGGAGACGCUGCCGGAGCGCGGCGCCGAGCUGCGGCCGCAGGAGUGCGCCAACGUGCUCUGGGCGCUCGCCGUGGCAUCGCAGCCCGUGGAGCGGAUGGCCGCGGCGCUUCCCCGCGGGGAGGAGGCCUGCUUCAAGGACUGGAAGGCCCAGGAGCUGGCGAAUGCCGCCUGGGCCCUGGCCCAGGGCAUCUUCGGCGGCUGCGCGCCGGUCGUCGACGCGGCCGCGCGGCGCGGCUCCGCCGAGGCGCCGCGGGCGCCGGCGCUCCGCGCGGUGUGCUCGGCGGUGGCGGCCAGGGCAGGCGAGCUGAACAGCCUGGAGCUCGCCAUGGUGGCCGCGGCGCUGCGCGAGGGGGGCGCCAGCACCGCCCUCCCCGCGGGCCUGGCCGCGAGGGUGGGCGAGCGGGCCGCGGCGCUCGCCUCGCGGGGCGCCCUCGCGGACGACGCCGUGGCGCAGGUCGUGGACGGCCUCGCCGCCGCCGGCGAGGCCGUCCCGGCGCCCCUCGCGGGGCUGUUCGCCUCGCAGUGCGCGCGGGCGUCGGAGGCCGUGUGUGGCGUCCGCGGGGCGAGCUCUGGGUCGCUCGUCGAGGCGCUGCGGGCCGUGCGGCAGCUCGGCCUGACCACGCUGGGCGCGGGGGGGACGGCGCAGCUCCUGGGGGAGCUGGGCCUGGAAGCGGAUUCUUGUGGCCCUGCGCCGCCGUGGCCGCCCGGCCUGGAGCGGUCCAGCCAGGUGCGGUGUCUGCUGCGGCACAGCCUGUUGCUGACAGCCGAGGGCGUCGACGGCGCCCCCUCUGCGCACCGGGCGCUGGCCGAGCCGGGCAGGUUGUUGCAGAGCGGUGGAGACCCAGACGCGGGCGGCGACGGGCUGUUGCUGCCGGUGCCCCUGCGGUUCCCUCGCGGCCGCGACGCGGAGAUGCUCGCGAUGAUGGCCGUGGUGGCCGCGGCACGGGCCGCUGCGUCGGAGUUGGGCGCCGCCAGCUGGAAGCUCAGAGGCGACGUUCGGCUGCGCGUGUCGCACACGCCGUGCCUGAGCUGCGUGAGCGCCAUGGUGCAGUUCCAGAGCGCGUUCCCAGACGUGCGGCUCAGGGUGUCUUUCGACCGGGAGUGGGCGAGUCUGUGA